AUGACGACAAUAGCAGGCGACCGGCCGGUAAUGAAGCCGGCGGAGGACGCGGCGCCGGCCACACAUCAGUUCAGCUGCAACUCGUGCCAGGUUGCGUUCCGCAGCGUCGAGCUGCAGAAGAGCCACAUGAAGAGCGAGUGGCAUCGGUACAACCUGAAGCGCCGUGUGGUGUCGCUGCCGCCGAUCUCGUCGGAACUCUUUGCCGAGAAAACGCUGCAGAACCGGGCCGGUGCGGCGGCUGAGGCCGGACGUGCCGGCUUUGAGCGCAGCUGCGAUGUGUGCCAAAAGACCUACUUCAGCGAGAACUCGUACCAGAACCACAUCGGCAGCCAGAAGCACAAGGCCAAGGCGGCGAAGGCGGGCACAAAGCGCAGCAAGACCAGCAAGGCACCGAUCGACGAUGCGAGCUCAGUCAUAAGCUCGACGUUCUCACUGGGCGAGCCGACGCAAAAGAUGAAGUCUGCCGUGGCUGACACCGAGACCGAGACGGUGGGAUCGGAGGCGGAGGAGGAGUUCUCACAGGUUGUGGAGGGCCUCAAGAAAACAACAAUUGAGGGCCACUCGCCCGUCAAGCGGCCUGCCAAUCCGCGUUUGUCAGUGGCGGCACAACACAAGGGUGAGCAUCUUCUUGACUUAGAGGCGGCGGACAAAGAGUACGAGGACGACGAGGAGCCGGCUGCCCCGGCGGCUAAGCAGUCGGCGCCGGCGCACUCGCUCAAGUCGUGCCUGUUCUGCAACUACGCAUCGCCAACGAUUGCGCUGAACGUGGCGCACAUGGGUCGUUUUCACAAUAUGUUCAUUCCCGAAAAGCAGUACCUGGUCGACCUGGAGGGACUGCUUGCGCAUCUUGAGACGCGAAUCCGCGACGACCAUGCGUGCAUCACCUGCGGCAAGGUGCGCGGCGACGUCUUUGCUGUGCAGACGCACAUGCGUGAUAAGGCGCACUGUACCAUCCCGUACCUGACGUUGGAGGAACAGGUGGACAUUGGCGAUUUCUACGACUUCCGUGGCACGUACUCGGACAGCGAUCCGGAAGACGACGAUGACGAGGAGGAUGGCAGUGAUGACGGGGAUGGCAAGAGCCCGACGAAAAAUGCCGCUGCCAAGCUCGGCGCCAAGCGCGCUACCAAGACGACGACCGCCGACGGAAGCGACGUUACGGGCGACGAUGGCGCGGAUGAUGGCUGGGAGACGGACAGCUCGGCAUCGUCGCUCGACUCAGCCGACCUGACGGCCGUGCCGGCGGACAACCACAUCCACCAGUACGAGCGUCUGGACAAGCACCCGCACCACAGCCAGACCGAUCCGCGGUCGCACCACCAGGCAGAUGGGUGGCACUCGCAUGCGCACAAGCACAACCACGCGGUGUACUAUGAUGAGCAUGAACUGCACCUGCCGUCAGGACGGUCCGUGGGCCACCGAUCGCUGAAUCGGUAUUUCCGGCAGAACCUGCACAACUACCCGUCGCUUGCGGAGCGCGAGAAGCAAAUGCAGCUGGCCAUCGAGGCGGGCGUGGAGUUUGACUCGGAGGACGAGGACGAGGACGUCGACGGACUCGGAAGUGAGGCCGCCUCGCUGGCGCUGGCCCGGCGCACAAACGCGGCCAAGGCGCGCGCGGUGUCGACGCGCCCGGCGCCGCGUAACACGCUCGGCCUGACGGGCGUGACGGACAAGACCAAGGCGAACCUGAUCAAGGUUGAGCGGCGACACGAGCUGGCGCAGCAGAUUGCGGCGGACAAGGGCCGGAUCAAGUUCAGUGCCAACUCGAUCGGCCAGAGCUUCCGCUUCUUGGGCCGGACGUGA